AAAGGGAGAGGUGCAGCACCCUGGCAAACAAAAGACAACCAGGCACCCACAAGGACCCAACACAGGAAGAAAGGGGGCUAUAGAGCGACUGGGAAAAGAACGGGAAGAGGGGAGGAGAGAGGGUGUAUGUGCCUAAGGCUAUUCUGCUAUACAGAAGGGAUACACAAUAGUGAUGCACUCACAGGAAACCAACCUCUACAACUGAAACACACACAGCGGCAGCACUAGCACAGACACUCACUGUCACACUCAGCUACUAAACUGGGAGACUGAAAGAGAAAAAAAUCAGAAACUUGAAAACCCGCAUCACACACAUCUGGAGUCCAUAGCCCACGUGACGCAACAGGGAGUCACCGCACACUCACACAGACACACAGACACACAGACAGUCUCACAGACCUAGAUCCAAAUCACAUGCACAAAGUGACACCUCACUGAUACAGCAACAUGUCCGACAAUGAAGAGGUUCUGAGAGAGGAGGGGUGCGAGGAGCAGACCCUAGAGGAGAGGCUGGAAGAAACCCAAAGACUAACCACCCAGUGGAGUGUGGAGGACGAGGAGGAGGCAGCCCGAGAGCGUCGCAGGAGAGAACGUGAAAGACAACAACAGGAUGAGAGUGAAGAUGGAGACACAGGAGAGAACAUGACAGGGGGAACCUGCACCCAGAGUGAUGACCAUGUGGUGUUAAAGCCUGGACGACCCAUGGAAUGUGAGGAAGAUGAAGGAUUCAGUGACUGGUCCCAAAGGCAAGUGCAGAUGAAACUGCAGGGUGCAAUCCAGGCCACCGAGGAAGCGGGUGAAGCAAGAGCGGCUGAAGAGGAGGGAAGUGUCUCCCCAAAAGUUAGAGAAGAAGAGAGCGAGGAAGCACCAAUAUCAAGGGAGGAGGAAGAGGAGGAUGAAGGCACAUCCCGUUAUGAAGUGACAGAGUUGAGUGACGACCCCUGCAACUGUGACCCCGAGCCCUGCGAGCAAGAUGAGCAGACUCUCUCCAGCCACCAGUGGGCAACAAGUAUUUCAGAAUCACAUGCAGAUGAUGAGAAUUUGGAGUAUGAGCCUAAAAGCCAUAAGGUACCAGAAGAGACCAAUGAAAAUGUGGAGGAAACUGGCUAUUAUUCCUCUAGACACGAGAUAACUGAAAGGACAGAGUGCUUGAACCUUUCCAUCCAGAAGAGCAACAGCAUAAAGAAGAGCGAACCCCCUCUUCCAAUAAGCAAGAUCGACGACCGCCUGGAGCAAUACACGCAUGCGAUAGAGACCUCCAGUAAGCAGCCCAAAUUGACUCGGACACCAUCUUUAGAACUUUUGACCCCCGUAGAUGCAGUUUCAGUCAAGAAGAAUCGCUGGGAAGCUGGAGAUGUGACCACAGCAGCCAAAGCAUCGCCCUGCAAGGAUACAGAAGGAAUCGCCAUUGGUGUGUCAGAAAUGAUUAGUCAGUGGGGCAAAGGGAAAUCAGAAGCAGACAUGGCUCAGUCACCUUGUAAGCCAACGGAGGUGAGACCUGGGGAUGUUCUGAGUAAGAAAAAUCUAUGGGAGCAGAGUACCACAUCGGAGCAAAGUGGGAAGAGUCUGAGCGCUAGUAAGAAAUACAAGUUUGUUCCAACUGGACAUGGGAAAUACGAGAAGGUUUACAUGGAAGAUCCUUGAGAAGGGCACUGAAGCACAUUAAAGGGAUCCAGGCUUGCCCUAGUGGAGGAACCUAUUGGGAAACAUUAACAAACACACCAGAGAAUCAUGGGACAGGACCACCUGCUGCCAUAAUAUGGAUGCUGAAACCAUUUUGCCUUAAAGGGAAUGUCAGCCUCAAAAAUAACUUGCCUUAUCUAAUAAUAUUUAGCUUCUACUGCCUCUCUUAUUGAAGUCUUUUCAUUGAGGACCUAUAAUGAGACAGUGCUUAUUGUACAUUUUAAAGCUCUUGAGGGAAACAAAGCUUACUGGCUGUCUCUCUGACCUCUCACGAGCAGCUGUGAAUCCAAAAUGGCUGCCUGCAUAGGAGACAACCCCCGUUUACCUAUUAAUAAGGCCUAACUUGUUUUUGGGCUCCUAUUCCUGAUCUAUGUGUUGUCUAACUGCUCUUCCAUUCCAUUCAGCACAAACCUGGGGCAUGAAUAUCAGGGUUGCAAGCUUAUUUAGCUCUGAAUGUAUCCAUGCUGCUUUGAUAUAUGUGCCCCUGGCUACUUAGAACUGUGAUACUGAUUAACCUCGCAUUCUGUCUUUAAUGCAUUCCAGAUGUACAUUGAUGUCACUUCCUGUGAAGCAUGGCCGCUCCCUCUGUUACGCCAAGUCUUACUUUUUUUACUGUCUUUUUUAUGCUUUAUAAAUAAAUAUCUGUCACAAUA